GAGGCCAGUUGACCUUCCCGCGUCAAACGGGAGAUAAAAAGGGGAACGGCUCCCUAGCAUUUCUCACAAGGAAAACAAAAACCAGAUACUUUUAAAAACAAAAAUCGCCCGGACAAAGCCCUUUAUUGGCACACGUUGAUACAGACCAGCAGUACUUUCGAUGGAGCCGCCAUCUCCACCGUCUUUUCCUCCGAAAGAGUCGCUCAUUAACCGCUGCAAACCCAUUUGGCGUUCUUUCUUGAUCUUCAAUCUCGCUCUCGGAGCUUACAUGUUUGCAGGGGCAAGAAAGAAAGAUGCAGUCAUUGCUAAUAGCAAAGCUGCAGAAAAAAAGUUCGAUGAUCACAAAGCUACGGAAGAAGAUCCCUCCGAACCUAAUACGAGUCCAGCUACCCCAAUUGCUGAGAUGCCAUAUCUCCCUUAUUCAGUACUGGAGCCAUUGAAGGUCCUGGAGCCCAUCCCUGAAGAUCAGCAGCUUGAACUUUUCCAAUGGAUUUUGGAAGAGAAAAGAAAAGUCAAACCCAAAAAUCGUCAAGAGAAGCAACGAAAUGAUGAAGACAAGGCAAUACUAAAACAGUAUAUUCGAGCAAAAUCCAUUCCAAGUCUUUAGUUGAUACUUUUCUUGACCAAAUAUUUAGAUUUGAAAAAGUUGAAUUGUUUAUUAUAUUUUGUGAAAAUUUGAAAAAGUUGUAAUGAUGAGAUGAGAUGAAUUGAGGUGAGUUUCGAGUCCAAAUGGGGCGUAGAGAACAUGCUACAAGGGACAGACUCUCACAUAAGGUCUUAUUGUGGAACUCAUUUUGAACUUUCAGAUAGAUAGUCAAUAGAUUUACAUUGGUUAGGCUAUACGUACUGUUUAGACAUCGACUAUAGAGCCCAUUUUUCCUCAAUAAGCACUGAACUCGUUUGUCAGUGAAGGAAAAACAAGACGUGAUUUACUAUAAUCUAGCAGUUGUAUUUUCAUUUGGUUCUGUAAGAGUUGGAUAUUUGAAAGCCUUACCCAAUAAGUCCAAAUUUUAUGUCGUCAA